AUGGCAAUGGCAAUGGCAGUGGCAAUGUUAAUAGCGGCGUAGAGAGUGCAUCAGGGGACAGCAGCGGCACCGAGAGCUCUGCCGGCUCUGCCAUUGUGCCUCGCGGCGGCAUUGCGCAGGCGCUCUCCCGCGCAGUCGAUGCUCUGGUCGAGCCACGCCCGCCGACACCACCCGAAACCGACCCAGCGCUUGAAUCCACCAGUCCGCACCAAAUGGCCGAGCAAUACACGAUCAGCGCGGCGGACCUAGAGGCACUGGAGAGCACCGAAGCGGCGCCCGCUCCUGCUGCUGUCGAGCCAGAUGCCCAGUCGCUGCGGUCUGUUGGGUCGCGUGUUUCCGUGCGUACCACGGCAACUGUGGCGGCGCCGGCGGUAAUGAUGGCUCGCAGCAUCAACGUGACUGCGUCGAGGGCGAGAGCCAAUACGACACAGAGCAGCGCAAUGGGGGUGCUGAUGUCCAGCUGGCAGCAGCAUCAGCCCAGCAGGGCGGCGACGCCGAGGCAUGUGCGGGCACCGUCGGCUAUGUCCAACUACAGCACGGCAACAGCAGAGUCGACACAAGUGCUGCGUGAGGACACGCGCGUAUCGGCUAGAUCCUGGUGGCCGCAAUGGACAUGGGGUAGCAGCAACAGUGGCAGCAGCACUGCCACCAUACCCGCUGUGCCUCCCGUGCCCAGGCUACCCCAAGUGCUGGAAACAGCAUGUGCCUCUGGCGUGGACCCCACAACCACAUUCCUGUACACCGGUGAGCACGCAUUUCCAGGCAUGCCCGCAGGAGACUCUUCUGCCGCCGCCCGGCAGCCCUCAGACUCUACAGACUCGGCGGGCUCGGCGGAAUCGUCCGCUGCGACGCGCAGCCGGCUCGGCUUGGCAAUGGAGGACGACAUGCCGCCGGCGUACGAGCACGGCGUCGGUGUUGACAGUGCGCGCGGAAUCACACUGGCGCCGCGCGCGCUCACCGGCAUGCUCUACGACUCACGGCUCCUACGCCUUCUCUACACCACUACCGCAGUCAGUGCCAGUGCCAGUGCUGCUACCGCCGCUGGCUCCAGUAUGCCUGAGCACCCGCUUUAUAUGCCCCACCAGGGCAGUGGCCCAUGCAAGCUUUUUGUGUACAAGUAUGGCGACAUGCUUUUUCUCGUGCUUGGCCGACCCAGCACGGAUACCGCUGGCAAUGCUGAUGACAAUGGCGGGCAGGUGGCGCCGGAUUGCGCGCAUGGGGGUGGCCGGCGAGAGCAGCAGCAGCGGAGGAGGAAGAGCGCUGGGCGUCGCAAGGCGCGGAAGAGCCAGUUGGCAAAGGAGGCGCUUUCUGCCAUUGAGGCAGAGCGUAUCGAGGGAUGCAUUUUGCGGUACGCCGAGAGUCUGCAUGCGACUACGGUGCGUGAUCUCGGGGAGCCGUCAAAGCUGCAUAACUUGCCGCCCUUUGUGUACGUGGAAGACCAUACGCUGGUGCAGGCCAAUUGGCUUGCAAAUGUGCCUGUCAAUCAGUCGUUUAAUGGCUACGCUGCCGGGUCGCUUGGCGUAGCAGCAUCUACUGCCGGUGUUUCUUCGGAGACGUCUUCGGAUGUGAGGGUGACCUUGGGCUUGGUUAAUGGCGAGCUGACACGGUCGUGUGAUGAGAUUUGCGUGAGAAUGCAGAACAAGGGGUGGGUUUCUGGAAUGUCAAAUAAAUCUGAUGGUGACAGUGUUUGCUUCUGUGUAGUGGAUCAGCCCAAGGCUACGUUGGCUGACGCAAGAACCUUUUUGCACAGGGUUAUGAACCAGGCCAAGCUUUCUCUGCAAUAAUAAAAAUAUAUA